UCCGGAGACAGAGGCAGCACAUCGGCCUGACUGGUUUACAUAGAAGUAAGUGAUAAUGCCUCCUCCGUGCAUGUGCUCUCACAAUUUCAUUCCUUGAGACUCGUCAAUUCAGAAAAGGACGACUGAUAUUCUACACUGACAUCUGGUGAUAAUGACGAAAUAAACCAUCUUCUCAUCACUCAACUUCCACAAACUGUCAAAAACAAACAAACAACUUUUGCAUUGUCAAAAAGUGACUUCUUCCCCAGACGCCUGCCCAGCCUGAAACUCAAAAGACGUUCCACCCCUCGCCCCUUGUUUGCUUUAUCAAAUGCCCAAAAACAGCAAGGGCGUCAAGAGAGCGCUUGACGACGAUGUCACAGAGUCCGUCAAAGACCUGCUUUCCAACGAGGACGGCCGUGACGAUACCUUCAAGAAGACCUCGCUGAUCAUCAACAACCAUGAGGGGGAAGGGAAGGAGUGCGACGUGGAGGAAGGGGGGUCGGACGGAGACGAGGAGGAGGAGCGCCCGGCCUGGAACAGCAAGCUGCAGUACAUCCUGGCCCAGGUGGGCUUCUCCGUAGGCCUGGGCAACGUCUGGAGGUUCCCCUACCUGUGCCAGAAGAACGGAGGGGGAGCGUACCUGGUGCCGUACCUGAUCCUUCUGAUCCUGAUCGGCAUCCCGCUCUUCUUCCUGGAGCUGGCGGUGGGUCAGCGGAUCCGCAGGGGCAGCAUCGGGGUCUGGAACUACAUCAGCCCUCGCCUGGGGGGCAUCGGCUUCGCCAGCUGCAUGGUGUGCUUCUUCGUGGCUCUCUACUACAACGUCAUCAUCAGCUGGAGUCUCUUCUACUUCUCUCAGUCCUUCCAGCAGCCGCUGCCGUGGCACGAGUGUCCGCUGGUCAAGAACAAGACCAUGACAUAUGUGGUGCCAGAGUGUGAAAAGAGCUCGGCCACCACGUACUACUGGUAUCGCGAGGCCCUAAACAUCUCCAACAACAUCUCUGAGGGCGGAGGUCUGAACUGGAGGAUGACUCUGUGCCUGCUGGCUGCCUGGACCAUGGUCUGCCUCGCCAUGAUAAAGGGAAUCCAGUCUUCUGGGAAGGUGAUGUACUUCAGCUCUUUGUUCCCGUACGUGGUGCUGAUCUGCUUCCUGGUGCGGGCUCUGCUCCUGAAGGGCUCCAUCGACGGGAUCCGACACAUGUUCACACCAAAGCUGGAGAUCAUGUUGGAGCCCAAAGUGUGGCGCGAGGCGGCCACACAGGUCUUCUUCGCUCUGGGCCUCGGCUUCGGAGGCGUCAUCGCCUUCUCCAGCUACAACAAGCGGGACAACAACUGCCACUUCGACGCCGUCUUGGUGUCUUUUAUCAACUUCUUCACCUCCGUGCUGGCCACCCUGGUGGUUUUUGCCGUGCUGGGCUUUAAAGCCAACAUAAUGAACGGCAAAUGCAUCUCACUAAACACCCAAAGGAUUGUGUCGUUGUUGGGGAACGGGAUUGAACACAGCCUGAUCCCUCACCACAUCAACCUGACUCAGGGCAGCGAGGUGAGCAGCGAGGACUACGAUCAGAUGAUGGAGAUCAUCAAGAGGGUGAAGGAGGACCAGUUCGACUCGCUGGGUCUGGAGGCCUGCAGCAUCGAGGGCGAGCUCAAUAAGGCGGUCCAAGGAACAGGUUUGGCCUUCAUCGCCUUCACGGAGGCCAUGACACAUUUCCCCGCCUCGCCCUUCUGGUCCGUCAUGUUCUUCCUGAUGCUGGUGAACCUCGGGCUGGGCAGCAUGUUCGGCACCAUCGAAGGCAUCCUCACCCCGCUGAUAGACACCUUCAAAGUCCGCAAGGAAUUUCUUACAGUGGGGUGCUGCGCGCUGGCCUUCUGCAUCGGCCUCCUGUUCGUUCAGCGCUCAGGGAACUACUUUGUGGCGAUGUUCGACGACUACUCCGCUACUCUGCCUCUGCUCAUCGUCGUCGUGCUGGAGAACGUGGCCGUCGCCUGGGUCUACGGGAUCGAUAAAUUCUUUGAAGACCUGAAGGAGAUGCUGGGCUUCACGCCGUACCGCUUCUACUACUACAUGUGGAAGUACAUCACGCCCACCCUGCUGAUAGUGCUGCUGUUCACCAGCUUCAUCCAGCUGGCCAUGAAGCCGCCCGUCUACAGCGCCUGGAUCCAGGAAGAGGCCAGAGAGCAGGAGGUGUUCUUCCCCCCGUGGGGCGUGGUGGUGUGCAUCUCCCUGGUGGUGAUGGCCAUCAUGCCGGUGCCCGUGGUCUUCGCCCUGCGCUACUUCAACAUCAUCGACGACAGCAGCGGGGGCAUCUCCACCGUCGCCUACAAGAAGGGCCGCAUCAUCAAGGAGACGGCGCGGCCGGGCGAGGAGGACGACGACGCCAGCCUGAUCCAGGGGAAGUCCCCCAGCGAGGCGCCAUCGCCGAUGCCCGGAAACAGCAUCUACCGCAAGCAGAGCGGCGGAGGGACCGGAGGAAACGAGGCGGACACCGCGCCCAACGGCCGCUACGGUAUUGGUUACUUGAUGGCCGACAUGCCGGACAUGCCCGAGUCGGACUUAUAGACUGACUCUAGAGACCCCCGCCCUCUCUCUCCACCCUCUGCGUGCGUUUAGUUGGCCGUAUCAUAAAUGUAUAUUUCGCUUGUAAUGUAUAUUAUUUGUAGAUAUCGUAGCCCCUCUUAUUUGUCGUCUCUGAACCUUAUAUGACUGACUGUGCACCUUUUUAAAAAUUCAUAAAAAGGUUUGGGAAUAAGGUCACAUUCCAAACCGCCCCAUACACCCGACCCAUACCAGCGUUCACUCUGCGUGGUCACGUGGAGAGUCGGCCAUAUUAAGUGCAUUUACCAACCGAUGGGUUCAAAUAGUUCCUUAUAUUUUCUAGUAAACUGUAAAUGAAGACAUUUUAUAUUGUCAUAUAGAUGUUAACAACUUCAUGGUUGGUAAGCAGUGUUGGGUGUAACGCGUUACAAAAGUGCAGAGAAAAAUGGUGCAGCCUGGUGUUUACGUGAGGGAUGAUGUGCAGCGAGGCGGUCGGCAGUUGUUAUGCUGCUAUACCACAUCGUCCUUCACUGGAUGUAUAAUGAGCUGCACUAAACUACAUUUUAGCAUUUACAGUAAAAUACCUAGCCAUUCUUUUGCGGUUAUUUUGGUGAAAGUAACUCAAAAGUAAUAUAAAAGUAGUGUAACUCAUUACGUUUGAGAGACAGUACAGGGCUCAACGCUAACUUUUAAAAGUGGUUGCCAGGCUGGCAACCAGGCAUCAGCUUUUGGUUGCCAAAACUGAAAAUACGGUUGCCAUUUCUAGUCACCUUAUAUUUUAAACAAUUAAGAUACUAUACAGUUAUACAUCAACUUAAUAAUGAAAAUGUGACACAAAAGAAUGUUUAAAUGCUUUACAAUAAGUAUUUAACAAACUUAUUUGAAACCUAAGUGGUAGGAAACUUGUCCACCCUCAAUUGCUGGUAUACUAAAUACCAGUAGUGCAGCUGUUGUUCUUCACAUAUCCUUCAAAAAGGAAUUGAGCAAGUCACUAGUUUCUUGGUCAUCCAUUGUCUCACUUUCAAAUGUGGGUUUUCCUGACCUUGUGCUGACCCCCACCAGAGAUCCACGGGCCCUUCAGCAUUGCAGUCUCGGAUUGGCCAGACUAAUGCAUUUCUAAUGUUAAAUAAAUUAAAACCAUUCACAGUUAAGAAUUAGAUAUGAAUUAUUAAUGCUGUAAAUUACCUGUAAUAUGUCUAACUAUAUUUAAAAUGCGAUAAUUAAAUAUCACUCUUAAUACAACAAAUAAUUAACAUGUAUCUCUUUUGGGGUGCACAUUUGGCUGUUUGCUGCCCUUAUUUCUUCAUGUUAAAAAGUGGUUGCCACUGAUGGCAACCAAAGGCCAAUAAGUGGUUGACAUUUUUUCGGAAUGGUUGCCAAUGGCAACCUGGCAACCGUUACUGUCGAGCCCUGCAGUAAUAUUGUAAUGUAACUUAUUACUUAAAAAAGACAGUAAUAUGUACUGUAUUACAUGUUGGAAGUAACUUGCCCAACACUGUUGGUAAGUACAGUAUGCCUGUGUCUAGUCUAGAAGACAGGGUGAGCCAGACCCAUGAAGGGGCUCUUCUUUUAAACAGCUUCCUAAUUAAUAAACCAACUAUCACAAUAUCAAAUGAAAAAUGAUUUUAUGGAUUUAAAAAAGUGUUAUAUCUUCCGCUAAGAUAAAAUGGUCUGUUCCAAUGCGUAACAACGACUGGAACUGAGGCGCGAUUAUGGGAAGUUACGUGAUUUCCUUCUUUAGUCAGAAAGAGGUGAGCUUGUCGCUGUAUUUGCACACCUCCACCUCAAAAGAAGGAGCCAUAUUCAGCUGUGAGUGUGACUACAGACGGAGUUAACUCUUUCACGGAGGGGGAGUGUGUAGGGGUCGGUUUGGAAUAGGGCCUAAAUGUCAUCCUUGUCUAACCCAUUCGGCUGCGUCCCAAACUCAUCUCUGGCUCCUGCUCUCUCUACAUGUGCUCCCUCCUCUUGCAGAAGGGCAGUAAAAGUGUAAGCAAUAAGGUGGGGGCUCCACCAGGCCUACUUGAAAACAAGAGGUCAUGUUGGGACUGCACCGGUGUCUGUGGGCAGUGUACAUCUAUCCUGCUUCAUGUCCUACUGUAUAAAAAGUGGUUGUGUAUAUUAGGAUCCAUAACUGAUAGCCAACCAGUCGUGAGUUUAGUAGCAGUUUAACGAUGCAAGAUGUUUCCGGUGGGGUCAUCUCAGUUCAAACAGCGAGGGGACGGUCUCUGAAAACCACUGAGACAGAAGUGUGCCUAAGUAGUUUAUAUUUGUUUAUAGAAUACAUGAUGGCUGUUGUAUAUUUAAGGUAUUCUGUAAAUAUAAUAUAAAUAUUAUAAAUAUAUUUAUCUUGAUAGUUUGGAUAUCAACACCGUGUUUUUAAGGUUCAGAAGUACUUCAAAUCCUUAACUCUCUCCGUGUCUUUGUUUUUUACUAAUGUGCUCUCCAUGUUUGUGAGGAUCGAGUCCUCCAUGUAAAUAAUUUUUCCAUGAAAUGGCUUCAAAUGCAAUGUCUUUUUUUCCCCGUCAAAAUUAAAGAUCAAAUAUGGUCCAUAAAAUGAUA